GGGGGACACCUCGCAACUUUCUCACUAGGCGGCGCCGGCGGCGCGUGCGCACUCUUGCCCGGCACCCCGAAAUCGGGGGCAGCAGUAGAAACAGAAACGAGCCGAGCGCGCCUGCGCAGAGUAGAGCGCUGGGACUUUGUACCGAGAGUCCGAAAGAUCGGGCCGGUGCUUGUGCUCUUUUGCUGCCCGGCGUGCUUGCUGGUCUCGGCUUCGGCGGUGGGUUGCUGACGGUGGCCGCGAUGCUGAGGGUCGAGCUGGCUAGAAGGAGCUGCCACGCGUACCGUCUCCGACAGAGCGGGUGCCCCGCUUGGUCCGCUGGCGUCGGCUGCCCCCGGAGUGCCCUGUGCUGCCCCCCGCCUGGGCGCCUUCCCUGCUGCCCCGGUGCCGCCAGGGGGCUGAGCGAGGGAAGCUGCCCCGCUCCAGGUGCCAGUAUUGUGAAGCCAUUAGAUGGUGUAAAAAUUCUUGAUCUAACCAGGGUACUUGCAGGUCCAUUUGCCACCAUGAAUCUGGGAGACCUUGGAGCUGAAGUAAUCAAAGUUGAAAAACCAGGAGUAGGAGAUGAUACCAGAUCCUGGGGACCACCUUUUGUUGGAACAGAAAGUGCUUAUUUUCUCAGUGUAAACAGAAAUAAAAAGAGUAUAGCUGUUAACAUGAAGAAUCCUAAAGGAGCAAAGAUCAUUAAACAGCUUGCAGCUCUCUGUGAUGUGUUUGUGGAAAACUAUGUCCCAGGGAAACUGACUGCUAUGGGCCUGGGUUAUGAAGACAUCAACAAGAUUGCUCCUCACAUUGUUUACUGUUCAAUAACAGGAUAUGGACAGACUGGUCCAAAGUGUCAACAAGCAGGCUAUGACUCUAUUGCAGCUGCUGUUUCUGGCCUCUUGCACAUUACAGGAACUGAGGGGGGUGAGCCAGUACGGCCAGGGGUAGCUAUGACAGAUCUUGCCACAGGAUUGUAUGCAUAUGGAGCAAUUAUGGCUGCACUUAUUCAAAGACAGAAGACAGGGAAAGGGAUGCACCUGGACUGCAAUUUGAUGGCAUCUCAGGUUGCCUGCCUUUCCCAUAUUGCCAGUAAUUUCCUGAAUUGCCAAAUAGAAGCCCAAAGAUGGGGCACUGGGCAUGCAAGUAUUGUUCCAUACCAGAAUUGCUGUUUCCUCUCUAGGCCCUACUUUCCCAUACCUGCCUUAACGUGGUGAGGGGUUUGAGUGUACCAAAGAAGCUACGAGCAAUGCCAUCAGAAGGCUAAACUGUGUUAUAAGCCUGAACUCUUAGCAUGGCCAUCCACGAGAGAACUGUCAAAGCUGACGUACCAGAAUAAGACAAAUGCACAGGUAUAACACUCACAUCAGCAGA